GGGCCGUGCAGUGUGAAAGGACCCUACCCCUUACACAGUUAAUUACAGUACCGGCACGGAAAAAAGCCAUCCGGCUUUUUCCAGGCCGGCAAAAGCCGGCGUGUGUUUCAGCCCUGAUGAUUUACACUGGCUGACUUCAAAUUUGCAUUUCACCUGAUAUUAAUCAGCCACAGAACCUGUGUAAUCCAUGAGCUUUGUGGUUUAAAGGGACAGAGGGAUAUCCAGUUACCAGUGAAUUAACAUCAGGUCCAAAAACCGGGCGUAUUUCUGACUUUUUUUCCGAUGUUUCACUGAUUUCUUUUUUUUUCAGGCUAUCCAAUAUGGACCUCCCGAAAACUCACAAAUGGUACUGUUUCCGGAGAUUUGGGCGCUGAUGUCUCAGAGAAAGGAUCCCUGUCAGAAAGCAGCAUGUGCAAUCCAAAAGUGCUUGCAAGUGAACAAUUACAUGGAGAGCAAAUGUGAGCACGAAUUCCAAGCUAUGCGUAUCUGCUGUGCUAAGCUGGCAAACCAGAACUCCGUCUGCUGCUCUGGCUUCCAUAAGCAGCAAGGAACUAUCGAAGAACCUAAACAAAAACAACUUCUAUGACAUCAACAGCUGUCCACCUAGAACUGGAACCUGCAGUUUGUGACAGUGAUUUAUAAAAUAUUAUAGGACUCCAAACAAUUCCAAAUAUGCCAAGAGGGUUCUGUUCUCUGUAAAGCCCAGCACUGGAACUUUUGCCACUUUUUAAAUUUUAUUUUGUGUUUGUAUAAUGUAUGCAUCUGUAAAUACAAUAAAAGUAACUUGAUUUUAGUGAA